CUUUUUCUGAAAUCCCCCUUUUCUUUUUUUUUUCUCCAAAAAAAAAUAAAAAAAUAAAAAACUGCUCGGCGAGAAAACGCGUGGAAACCCCCCCGGGUGCGCGGCGCAAAUAUCGGGAUUUUUUUUUUUUUAGUUUUUUUUUUUUCCUCCCUUCCUUUUUUUUUUUCUUCUUCUUCUUUUAUGUAUUUUUGCAGGAUUUCAGCAGCGAGAGCGCCACAGAGAAUUAGAUAAGAAGGGGGGAAGAGAAGCAGAGAGAGAGAGAUGGACGAGCAGCCGAGGUUGAUGCACUCUCACACGGGGGUAGGCAUGGCAGGGCACCCCGGCCUGCCGCAGCAUAUGCAGGAAGGCACCGGAGGAACGGACGGCGACGGGAGGAAACAGGACAUUGGAGACAUUUUACAGCAAAUUAUGACCAUCACGGAUCAGAGUCUGGACGAAGCCCAAGCCAGGAAACACGCUCUCAACUGUCACAGAAUGAAGCCAGCUCUUUUCAAUGUCUUGUGUGAAAUCAAAGAAAAAACAGUGCUGAGCAUCCGCGGCGCCCAGGAGGAGGAGCCCCCCGACCCCCAGCUCAUGCGGCUGGACAACAUGCUGCUGGCAGAGGGCGUGUCCGGUCCGGAGAAAGGCGGAGGCUCUGCAGCGGCGGCGGCGGCCGCGGCCGCCUCGGGAGGAGCGGGGGCGGACAACUCGGCGGAGCACUCCGACUACAGGGCCAAGCUGUCCCAGAUCAGACAGAUCUACCACACGGAGCUGGAGAAGUACGAACAGGCGUGUAACGAGUUCACCACCCAUGUGAUGAACCUGUUGCGAGAGCAGUCGCGCACGCGGCCGAUUUCGCCCAAAGAGAUCGAGCGCAUGGUGAGCAUCAUCCACCGCAAGUUCAGCUCCAUCCAGAUGCAGCUCAAACAGAGCACCUGCGAGGCCGUCAUGAUCCUGCGCUCCCGCUUCCUUGAUGCCAGACGGAAAAGACGAAACUUCAACAAGCAGGCGACAGAGAUCCUGAAUGAGUAUUUCUACUCGCACCUCAGUAACCCUUACCCCAGCGAGGAGGCUAAAGAAGAGCUGGCAAAGAAGUGUGCCAUCACAGUGGCCCAGGUUUCCAACUGGUUUGGGAAUAAAAGAAUCAGAUACAAGAAAAACAUUGGUAAGUUCCAAGAAGAAGCCAACAUGUACGCUGCGAGAACUGCCGUGAAUGCGGCUAAUGCAUCCUCACAUGGAAGCCAAGCAAAUUCACCCUCAACUCCAAACUCUGCAGGUUCUGGUGGCUCUUUUAACAUGUCAAACUCCGGGGACUUGUUCAUGAGCGUGCAGUCUCUCAAUGGGGACUCGUACCAGGGGGCUCAGGUGGGAGCCAACGUGCAGUCGCAGGUGGAUACCCUUCGCCAUGUUAUCAGUCAGACAGGCGGAUACAGUGAAGGACUCACAGCCAACCAGAUGUACAGUCCGCAGGGCAUCAAUGCAAACGGUGGCUGGCAGGAUGCUCCGACCCCCUCAUCAGUGACUUCGCCCACAGAAGGACCUGGAAGCGUUCACUCCGACACCUCCAACUGAUCCUCCUCCAUCCUCUCGAUCCCUACCUUCCUCCUCCACUGCACCCCCCCGCCCUUCUAACCCCCACCCCCAAAAAAACCCUGAACCCCCUUUUUUUGGGACUGGACGUGAUGUGACACAGCUGGACACAGUCGGGGUCUGGGGAUUUUCAUCGAUACGGACAUAAAGUUUCCUAUCUGGACCACCGUUAGCAGCCUGCGUAGGGGACUCAUAGCCACACUUCACAGUUUGUACAGUUUCCACUUGAUGUCCAUGCUGCCUCUUUGUAUUUCUCUUUACAUUAUGUACCUUUACAUUGUGUAGGCUCACCGUUAGCAGCAUAUCGCCCCCACGUCCUGUAAAUUGAAAUGCUUUCACACUACCUCUAUUCGACAUAACAACUGAGCAGACGACAUUUAAAAUGCUUCGGUUUUACAAAUUUUUAUAAUUAUUGCAGUUUUCACCACACUAUGCCCCGUCACUACACUGUUGUUUUUUUUUUUUAUUAACGCUGUUUUUUUUUGUUAAUCUAUAGUGCCAAAGUUCAACCCUGGAGGUGAAUUUUGAUAAUGUUUUUAAUCUCGUGUCCUUACAUUUCUCAUGCCAUACUUUGUGAAGUAUUAUUAGUCGGGUGUUAUCCAAGUAUUCAGCCUCAGUUUAUAUCAUUUGUAUUGAGAAUUUCUCCAAGAGACAUAUAAGGCAUUUUAUAUUUUCUCGUCACAGUGGCGACGUUUUCUGCUCACGUGCAGUACAGCAAUCUUCGAGUAUCAACUAAUUCAGUAGCUGAAGUUCUAUCGUGCACGUCGGCUGUACCCAUAAAAAAAAAAAAAAACGAGCUGAAACUCUUGAAUUGGUAGCAGCGAUUACGGCAGGUCAAUAUGUUUUAAAGCACAAUAGCAUCUACCGAUUGAAGUCAAAAGGGGAACAUUUGUAAAUGUCAAAGAGAAAACAGUUUAACUCUAGUAGUCAUACUAUACAGUACAUUAUCAGAUAGCGUAUGUAUGUGUAUCAGUGACAUCAAUAUAGCCAAAUACUGCUGGUAACCAAAUCCAAAAGGAAAAUUCUGAUUUUAAGGUAUUUUACACAUUGCAUGUCAGAUUUCACACUCACUUUUCUCGUAUGGAAUUAUAUUUGUGGUCAAAAUUUUGACAACGUGGCGGCUCAGUUUGAGCACAGAAUAGACUUUUUUUUGCUUUCUCUGCAAAAUAUGCUUUGCGUACGAGCGAAUGAAACACGCGUCGGCGCUGUGUGCUCAGAAUUCAGGCACAAAUAUAACUCCAUGUCCAUUCAGUGUUGAUCAGUUUACGUCCUGUACCAACAUCAGAGACUUUUUUUUAAAAUGGAACAGUGUUUAUCUUCUCAGUAUUCAAGAGUCCCUUCACUUUUUGUUUUUGUUUUCACACUACAUUCAUCGACAGAAGCCAAUCCAAAAUGUGAAAUUAAAAUUGUGACCUUUGUUGUAUGUACAGUAUAGUAUGUGGUCUAAUGUAUACAUGAUUACAGUAGUCCUCAUGAGAUAUCAGCAUUUACAUACUUUGAUACCAAAAAAAAAAAAAAAAACAGAAAUGGCAGAAUUUUUAUCUUCUACAUUGGGAUCAGCUUUAUCAAGGUUUUUGUUUUUCCACUUUUGGAAGCAUUUUAUUAUCUGCGGUACUAGUGGGCAUCCCAUAAUGCUCCAGUACUCUGUAUUCAAAGCCAAAAAAAAUGCCGUUGGAAUACAGUAGUGUUUAUAUAAACUAAAAUGGAAACAAAUACCCUGAUGGCACACAAAUCCAGAUGAUGUUUGGAUAUAUUUUUAUGUCUCCAUUUUGUGAAUAAGUCAUCUUUAUUUUGUUUUGUUUUUUCUUCAUUUGAUUUUUUUUUCCUUUUAUCCUACCAUUAUAUGUGAAUUAGCCCAAGAAUGCUCUAUAUACAGUAUGUAGAUAUGCACCGUUACUCUUCUUUUGCAUCUUUGAAUUUGGACAGUAGCUAUUUUAACGGAGCCUGUUUGAGUUUCUGUUGGAUUUAGGGUGAAAUCCUUUUUAUUUGUUUUGUACUCAGACCAUCGACACGAGCCUGCAGCCGAGAUGGCUACUGUCCCAAUGAAGGUGGCGUGAAAAGUUAGUGUCAACAUCGCCCUCUGGCUUUGUUUUUAGCUGAACUGAACUCUGACAGGAAACUAAAUUCAGUCCCACGAUCCCAAAAAGUCACAAAACAGCCUGGUAUUUUUUUUUAGCAGUUGUCAGUGUGUUUGUAUUUAUUACACAUGUAUGAAAUCAUGGAUGUUUCAGAGCUACAGCGUGGCGGUUUGACUACAGCAAACAUUCGGAUGACUCAGAGCGGCUCCCCCCUCGACUCACCUGCUCAGUAUUACAGCCGAGGGGCCGAGCACCAUUGAAGUGAUGCACAGAACCUGCCUCAGUCGUGUCUUCGGAAGUCAUCGGCGUGAACUGACAGCGGCGGCCAUGCAAGGCAAACACGAGGAUUGUUUUUGCACCCCUCAAAAAAAGGCUUAACUCUACUUUUCACAUUGCCUGUCAAAUAUUAUCGAAGCUUCAUGUAAUGAUGCUUUUUAGUUUUUGAAUAUAAAAGGAAAAGAGACAUGAAAAGAAAAAUGAACAAUUUGUAAAACAUAAAAUGUUUUAUUUGUUGCAUGUCUUUUUGUUCUUCAAUAAAAUAACGUACUGCAGUGUUUUGAAUGUUAACUUCUUUUUUAUAAGGAUUUCAGAGUGAAAUCGUGGAGCCUUUUUCUUGACAGGUUUUAACUUUUAAGAUCUCUGCGUAUGUAAAAAGGUAUCAAAUGGAAAACUAUUGUCUUUUUAAUUCCAAUUCAAAACCUGUUUUCUGUGGAGAAAAAUAGCUGAAAGGUGUAGGUUUUAUGGUCUCUUAAUUUGUACUGGCAAUGCGUAUCCCAAAUAAAUAGUUUCUUUUGUUGCAUAAA